GUGUUAAAUUUGUUCUGCCUGGUGGUGGUGGACGAGAACCCCUGACGUUUUAUUUCGAAAUCGUUUCAAGAUAGAAGACCCACCUGGUUCUUUCUUUACGAAGUUUAUUUCUCUACGAGAGUAAGUAAGUGAGUAAGAGUAUCCAUCGUUCACGUUCACCAUUUGUUCUUGUUGUCUACUCUAUGUCCAUGUUGUUAGUUGUGAGAAAUGUAUGCUGGUGCAGCUUAGUUUUUGUGACCACUUAGUCUGUAGUUGGCACAAGAACUUCUACCGGCUAUUUGAUUGAAAAAAUCAGUAACAGGCUACUUUUUUUUUGGAAGAUCUUCCUCGCUGUCGAUAGAUUUUCUUUCUUGUCUUAGACAAGUUGUCUACAAAUUUGGGUGUCGAUGGCAGAAACCACGGCAACUUCCGAACAACAAGAAAUGGCCACCCAGAUCGCAGACAAGCUGGUGACCAAGGCGGGUGUCGCCAGCGAGAACUUGCUGGUGCAGUCCUGCAAGUACCACGCGAAGGGCAAGGUGCUACUGAACAACGUCAGCUUCGAAUGCGCCCCCGGCGAGCUGUUGGGCGUGAUUGGCCCCUCGGGGUCCGGGAAGUCGGUCCUGCUGGACCUGCUGACAUUCAGUGCGAAAACCCCGAAGGACGGCAUGUUCGGGGCGAAGACCGGCGACGCGAUGCCGCGCAACCUGCUGCAGGCGGAGAUCACGCACGGCGGCGAGCGGCUGGGAAACAUCUCGGACUUCAGUCGCCACUGCGCCUUCGUGCCCUGCGUGGACUCGCAGUACCCCACCCUGACCUGCCGCCAGGCGCUCACGCACACCGUAUGAAAGUGCACAACUCCCCCUCCCCCCCAUUUGUAUGGCAUGAACAGCAAGACAAACACGAAGAUACGUGGAGCCUGCGCAUGGGCAUGACAAGUUCAUGCGCCGACUGUCGUACUGUUUGGGCUUCCAGAAUUUGUCAUGCAAAGAGUGCUGCAAGGCAGGAACUGGAUUUGGGAUUUUGUAUUUAGAAAUGAGGGGGAGGGGGAGUUGUGCACUGGCAUACACCGCGUCCAUCCUGUCGAAUGACACGACGGAGGAGAUCACGGACCGGGUCAAUGCGUUGAUGGACCUACUAGGCUUGACCACCUGUGCGGACACCGUCGUGGGGGGGUACAUCGGUUUGAAGGGUAUGUCGGGCGGACAGAAGAAGCGUCUAGCGCUCGGGCUGGCGCUGCUGCGCGAACCGAAGGUACUUGUGGUGUACUUCUAAGCUGUACUAUACUUGUGCCGCUUUUACAAUCACAAAUUAUGAGAUAAGAGAAUGUAUAUACUAGCACAAGGCUGCAGGUGCAAGCAGUUUCCCACAAACAUAACGCUCGAUGGGCACGAUAAAGGCGACUGAGGAUAAUAUCAACAUCGACCGAGAAAUCCCGAAUCAUGAAAUUAUUGUCAGGUUCUGUAUGUCGAUGAGCCGACGUCCGGUUUGGAUUCCGCCGCUGCGUACAACGUGAUGAAGGUGGUGCGCGACUUGGCGGUGAGGUUCCGGCUGUGUGUCGUGAUUACGUUGCAGCAGCCGCCGACCAACGUGUUCAGCAUGCUGGACCACGUUUUGGUUUUGUCCAAGGGGCAGGUCGCGUUCUCCGGCCCCCGGCGCGAGAUGUUGCCCUACUUCGAGCGCGCGGCCGAGAUCGACUGCCCGGCCGCCUCGAACCCGGCGGACUUUGUGUUGGACCUCGUGAACCCGGCCAUGCCGCAGGACAAGCGGAAGCAGAAGGGAAUCGCCUGCUCCGUCGUGGACCUGCUGGAAAACUGGAAGACCAAGGGCAAGAGCGGUCUGGGAACGUACGCGGACUCCGGAUCCUCCACCACCGCGGACGACAAUGGGAACGACAACGGCAUGCACAAACGCGACACCCAGAUGAUUUCCGAGGACGUGUACGAGCGCGCCCUGCAGCUGAUUCCCCGCAAGAAACAGUCCACCGCCGGCACCCGGCUGAAGGCGGUGUUCGCGCGCGAGUGGCGCGUGGCGCGCACCGACCCGGUUCUGUACCUGCUGCGUCCGAUCAUCAUGUGGGUCACGAACGUGUUUAUGAUUCUCCUCUGGUGGGAGGGCAGGGGCCACGACAUAUCAAAAGGAAAAAGCCCCCCUCCCCAUAUCAAAAUGGAAAUUUGUAAUGCUGAUUUGGGGUCACAAAUCGUCUUUGUCUUGCCUAUAGGGCAAUAGGAGCCAUGUGGCGCAUUCCAAAGCCAAUCUGUCAUGCGCUUUCGGCUACUGCAAACCUGUUUGCCAUGUGUAAUUGCUAGCCUUCUGCAUACCCAAACAGGCUCAGAAAAUGCCGCCAAGCACUUUCUGCAAGACAAACCUGAUUUGUGUACUCAAAUACAGCGCCAGCAACUUCGAUUUGAUAUGGGGAGGGGGGAUUUUUCCUCACAAUACGACAACAAGUACGUGAUGAGCAAGAUCUGGCCGCUGUUCAUGAUCAUGACCUCGAACAGCAUCUACUCCAUCGUGUGCGUUUACUUUUUCAAGUCCACCUUCCCGAUCGUGUCGCAGGAGGUGCGCAACGGGUACUACAAAACGGCCGAGUACCUGCUCGCCAUCGUGGUGCUGUCCAUCCCCAUCCACUUCCUGCUCGCGGCGAUCAGCAUGUACGGCUCCAUCUACUUUCCCUGGUUUGGCGGCUGGUACGCGGAACCCUCCUACUGGGGCUUGAUCACCCAGUUCCUGUUGAUCCAGGUCUUCGACGCGUGCGGCCGCGUGUGCGCCAUGACCGGCCCGCUGAUUCUGGGUAUGGGCGGCAUGAUUCAGUUCUGGUACGCCUCCUUCCUGUUCUGUGGCAUGUUUCUGGACCCGGACAACGUGCCCUGGCCCUUCCGCGCGUUCACCUACAUGUCCCCGCACCGCCACGCUACCGCCAUCUUUCUGUAUUCCGACUUCGAACACGAGGAGUCCUGGGGCAGCGCCGCACCGUGCGCGACUGCCACGGGCGUUUCGUCUCCGACCUGCAUCUACCUGCCCGGCGAAACCACCGGCUUCACCUGCCCCGACUCGAUUUCCACGGGCGGCAAGGAAGACUUCAACUGCUGGGGUUACACCGGCGUGCAGGUACUUGAUAAAUACAUCUCGAAAUAAAUCGAAAUAAAAAAAGUGCACUCGUGAGUUUGUUGUUGGUAGUAGAAAUGAGGUAUGAUAUUGAUACAAAAAUGCCGAUCUUCUUCAUCAAGAUGAAGGGUUCAUCCGCCAUUACUUUGCUGUUCUUCAAGAUGAAUGCCAUUUUUACUUUGCUGUUCAGCUUCAAACAAGCUGAACAGCAAAGUAAUGGCAUUACAGCUGUUAUGGUUAAUCUUAAUAUGCUGCGGCUCGUGCUGCUCGUCACAUUUUCAAACUGAUAAAUUCAGGUGUUGAAGUCUUUGAAGACCUACUAUCCGGCGAUCGACACGGAUGAUGAUCUGCUCGGGAUUCGCGUGCUCGUCCUGAUCGGACUUGCUUUCUAUUUCACCGUGGUCCACGCCUUUUUAUUCUACAAGGAGUGCUGGAGCAGUGGAAAGGUUGAGUUGCCGCCGAAUGCCUCGGAUCCGGUCGCCAUCAAGCCGGAGGGCGAAACGGUGAAGCCGCAAACCAUGGACGAAAAACUGGCUUCCGAUGUGCUGCGCGCGCGCACCAUGACCCUGGGUAUAGUGCGCCUGCAAUAGGAUGUUCAUGUUCUAUUAUUUGUCAUCAAUCGCCUUUACCUUUUCGUUUUCGAAACAGACUAGUAAGCACAAGCUCGUCCUCGACGAGAGCGGCUAGCGGCGUUUCAGUGCCCGCAGUAAACAAGCAGCUGCACUGUGCAGCUGCUUGCAGCUUGUAGCUUGCACACAGCGACGAGGUCUUUUUUUGAAUUUUACCAUAUCAUGUUCAAACCCAGGUAUGGACCUGAAGCCGUUCGAGCCGGAAAAUCCGAACCGGUUUGAGUGCUGCAAACUCUCUGUGCAGAUCAAGGCGAAAAAGCCUAUGUUCGGCACACCCACGUCUGAGAAGCCGCUCGUGAAGUCCAUUUCCCUGAAAGCGUCCGGGGGGCAGGUUUGCGCGAUGCUGGGGCCGUCCGGCGCCGGUAAGACCACGUGGCUGGAUGCGGUCACCUUCAACCUGGCCGGGAACCUGCAGAUGCAGGGUUUACUGUACGUGAACGGGCGUUCCGUGACGCAUUUGAACGACCUCGCGCAAGACUGCGUGUACGUGCCGCAGUACAUCCAGCUGAUCCAGACCCUGACCUGCCGCCAGAACCUGGAGUUUACCGCCAACCUGGUGAUGGCGGACAAAAGCAAAAUUCCCGAGGCCGUGGAAAAAAUGCUGGUCGCCAUGGGUCUAAAGGACUGCGAAGACCAGAAGGCGGGCGGCAUCCUCGGGAACAGCGGCAUGACCGCGGGGCAGAAAAAGCGGCUGUGCGUCGCGUGCGGCCUGCUGCGCGAGCCCCGCAUCAUGUUCCUGGACGAGCCCACCACGGGAAUCGACUCCGCGUCGGCGUACUUGAUGAUGUACUACCUGCGCAAAGUCGCACAACUGAAGAACAUGGUGGUGGUGUGCACCAUCCACCAGCCCUCCUACGAAAUCUGGUCCCUGUGCGACGAGGUGGCCAUCCUGGCUUCUGGCGAGAUGGCCUACUGCGGGCCGCGGCCGGAGAUUCAGCAACACUUCUCGUCCAUCGGAUUCACGGUGCCGGCGCUGACCAACCCCGCGGAGUACUACUUGGAUUUGGUGAACAGCGACUUCGCUUCGAAGGAGCAGCAGGAAAAGAUUUUGUCCGGUUGGAAAGCGAGCAAGAAGCACACGGAUUCCGUCAACGGCGGCCCGCUCGGCGAGUUCACGUCCACCGUGGUCCCCACCGGCGCCGCCACGGAAUCUACGGGGAACAGUCUGCUGCCCCCGUCCGGCGCGAGCUUGAUCAAAACGCUGUUCUACCGCGAACUGCUGGUGUCCUGCGUGACCGAUCCGACGCUAUUGUGAGGCAAAAUCCCCCCUCCUCAUAUCGAAACGAAGUUUCUGAUGCUGGAUUUGCGUACGCAAAUCAGAUUUGUCUUGCAGAAAGUGCUUGGCGGUAUUUUCUAAGCCUGUCUGGGCAUGCAGAAGGCUAGAAAUUGCGCAUGGCAAACAGCAGGCUUGCAAUAGCCGAAGCGCAUUACAGACUAGCUCUGGAAUGCGUCAGAUGACUCCUAUUACCCCAUAUGCAAGACAAAGAUGAUUUGUGACCGCAAAUCAGCAUCACAAAUAUCCGUUUUGAUAUGGGGAGGGGGGAUUUUUCAUUUUGAUAGACACCGUAUCUCGGACGGAUGAUGUUGUACAUGGGCUCCUCCAUCUUCUUUGACAUCGCGUACGCGGGGCACUUUGAGUGGUCCCAGGAGAACGCCAUGAUGAAAGCCUGGCUGAUGGGGUGGAUCUUCUGUGCGCAGACUUUGUUCGCCGCGGCCGCCACCGUGUUCUACAACUUCAGCUUCAAGCUGGUCAAGAACGAGAUUCGCAACGGGUUCUACUCCGCCUGGAUGUACUUGACCGCGAUGACCCUGAUCUCCAUCCCCAUGUGCCUGGUGCUGGCCAUGUGCGUCUUGUGGAUUCCGACCUACUGGCUGGGCAACAUGCGGUGGAACAUCGAGAACGUGCUGAUCAUAUCAAAUGCAAAUAUGCCUGGGGUCGGAAACUUGAACUUGUGAUGGAUGACGAAAACACUUCCGUACGCAGGAAAGUAUGACAAGUUUGCAGAACGCUUUCUCAUACGCACUCCGCAUGAGAAACAGCGUUUUUGUACGACAAGAGAGGCUGCGACUUUUGUUGGUCAUGCAGUUGCAGUACAGAUUUCACAGGAAUGUAGGUCCCUGUACCCUUAGAGUAGCCCCCCCAACUACUCGAACGCAACCGAGCGCCGGGAAAUCAACACUCGAGGCACUUGCGCCCGGACUUGGAUCAGCUCACAGAUGCCAGAGAAUGAAUUAGGGAUAAACCAACAUUGCAAGAAGAGGAGGCUUCUCUGUCGUCGCCAAGGAUUGCGCCCUCUUGUUAUUAUCGGGGUUCGCUGUCUUAGGGCGGCGUCGCGGGUGUCCCCUACAAACAUAGAAUCCGCAGAAAGCGGAUCCCUGGUGCAUUUGGCAUUCCAUGUACCUGGAGGGCGCAAGCCUCAUGCCAUGCCAUGCCAUGUAAGACCAGCAUUACAAGUUCCAACUUUGCAGACCCAGACAUAUUUGCAAUGCAUAGAUCACCCACGUCAACGUUUGGGUCUACUACAUCUCCUUCGAGUUCUUCGCGCAGAUGGCCUCGGUUCUGUCCAUGAACGUCCUCAUCGGACUCCUCGCCAUGAUCGUCUACUGGUAAAAAAGAAAUUUUUCUUAAUCCUGGUAGAUGGUUUUACUUUUAUCCUUGUUUCUGCUUUUUAUCGUUGUUCCCAAGCCCAACGAACGCGCAGUGCUGUGGUGGAGAACUUGUCUAUAUAAAUAAUAUGAUACCCUCUCAACAUCAUGCUCGUUGUCCAUGCCAUCAUGGAAAGUGAAAGGCUAUACUAGUGAUUUUCUUGAAUGAAGAUGCAAAAAAUCAAAAUAGAAACCUCAACCUUCUCUGUCGUUGCGCGUUCUAUCAGGUACAAUGCGUUCUUGUUCAGCGGUUUGAUGGUGAACAUCGACGAAGUCAACUACCCCUUCAAACUCUUCACUUACACGAUGCCGACCCGGUGGGGCUUGGCGAACCAGAUGUACAUCGAGUUUGCCUGGACGGAGCGCAGCAUUCCGGGCGCGGUUUCGUGCCCGGUGGUUGAUGGCACCACGUUCACGCAGGCCCAAGCGGAUCUGCAGCAGUGCCAGUACCCCGCGGGCGCUAAUGCGGCCGGGUACACGUGCCUUGGCCAUUCCGACGUCCCGGCGUACGAGUGCUUCGGAAAUACGGGGGAGUUCGUGUUGCGCAAGCUCAAUGCCCUGGCGUUCAAGACCUUUGAACCGGAGAACGAUGUCGCCUUGUUCAUGUUGUUGGUGGCCGUGAUCGCGAUCUCCAACAAGAUGGGCCACGUUUUCUUCUUCUACAAGCACUGCUCUUCUUCCCCGCCGCUGCCGCCGCCGGAAGCGCCGGCUGCGCCGGUCUCUGCGGGGGAGUCCGAAAAGCAGGACGAGUUGUAAGGGGUCGUGACGAGUGGAUCUGCUUUUUCGCUCGUCAAAGCAGGCCAGGUCGACUUGCUCUGGUGGAAUUACUUUUCGAAAAGUAAGUAUUUCCAAGAACGUUUAAGUUUUAGCUAACCUCAGUUGCGUCAACCUCAAGAAAAGGCGAACUGUGUAUAGCAAAGAUAACGUUUCGGUCCUGCUGAUUGUCAUUGAUUGUUGCAAGCGUUGUUUUUCACAAGACAACUGAACAAGUUCAAUUGAGAGCUCAGGUUUGAUACUAUCUAUUGACCACAGAAUCCGAACAAAUCAGUGUUUUUUCGUUUCUAUAUUUUAUUUUGGGAGAUGUGGAAUAGCGUACUAACUACAGGUUUCAGUUAUGACAAUGCAGCUUUAUUUUUUCCUUCACCAACUAUAAAUAUUCAUAUUGUAGUUAAUGUUAUCUAUAGAAUAUUUCUGGUUGCACUUCUUUUAGGUCACUUUCGCUGCUUUUUAUGCAAAAACGUGUUGAAUAUGAAUUUCAACAACUUGACGCUGACGUUGGCAUACCGACAACAGCAUGAGCAGAUGUCUACUUUUUGUGAAGACUGCUCUUCGUGGUCAAUCGUGAAUUUAUUUUCCGUUUAUUAUUUUCAGCUUUUGAAGCUGUCAUUUUUAUUUUCAUUUUCCAGAGAGACGAUCGCUUUUCUGGUCAACAGAAUAUGAAUAGAAGCGAACAACUUUUAUUCUAGAUUGUGGUCUCUGUCGUCAAGUGCCGGCCUGAUCUGGGAGGAAUACCAAGUUAGUACUCAAUGGUGGAGGUAUUAUACCAAUGGAGCUCGAAGCAGCAUUAUUAAUGCUGCGUAUGCGUAAAAGGGUCGGACGGUCAGACUUCUGAGCCACACUAUUUAUUAAUUGGGAUACGGAUCGAUAAGUAUCUUCAAAGGACUACAACUAUGCGAGAAGUUUCACUUUAAGUUUUACGGUUGCCGUUUUACUUUUUUUCAUAAAAA